AUGGCGGUAUUCGGUGGCGUGCCUCUGUUCUACAUGGAGCUGGCACUGGGGCAGUUCCACCGCAGCGGCUGCAUCUCCAUCUGGAAACACAUCUGCCCCAUUUUCAAGGGUAAGAAGAGAGGAGGGGAGAAGAGAAGAGAGGGGGGAGGGGGGAGGGGGGGGGGGGAAUUUUACUAAUUUUGUUAACACAAUGAAGCUUGUCAAAACUAUUUUUUAUAAGUGUUAUGGAGAGGAGAGGAGUCAGGAGAGGAGAGGAGUCAGGAGAGGAGAGGAGUCAGGAGAGGAGUCAGGAGAGGAGAGGAGUCAGGAGAGGAGAGGAGAGGAGUCGGGAGAGGAGAGGAGUCGGGAGAGGAGAGGGUUCGGGAGAGGUGAGGGGUCGGGAGAGGAGAGGAGUCAGGAGAGGAGUCGGGAGAGGAGAGGAGUCGGGAGAGGAGAGGGGUCGGGAGAGGAGAGGGGUCGGGAGAGGAGAGGGGUCGGGAGAGGAGAGGAGUCGGGAGAGGAGAGGAGUCGGGAGAGGAGAGGAGAGGAGUCGGGAGAGGAGAGGAGAGUAGUCGGGAGAGGAGAGGAGAGGAGUCGGGAGAGGAGAGGAGUCGGGAGAGGAGUGGAGUCAGGAGAGGAGAGGAGUCAGGAGAGGAAAAAUAAAGAGGUCUGAGCACGCCCCCAUUCUCAUCGACGGGGCUGUAGUGGAGCAGGUUGAGAGCUUCAAGUUCCUUGGUGUCCACAUCACCAACAAACUAACAUGGUCCAAGCACACCAAGACAGUCGUGAAGAGGGCACGACAAAACCUAUUCCCCCUAAGGAGACUGAAAAGAUUUGGCAUGGGUCCUCAGAUCCUCAAAAGGUUCUACAGCUGCACCAUCGAGAGCAUCCUGACUGGUUGCAUCACUGCCUGGUAUGGCAACUGCUCGGCCCCCGACCACAAGGCACUACGGAGGGUAGUACGUACGACCCAGUACAUCACUGGGGCCAAGCUUCCUGCCAUCCAGGACCUCUAUACCAGGCGUUGUCAGAGGAAGACCCUAAAAAUGGUCAAAGACUCCAGCCACCCUAGUCAUAGACUGUUCUCUCUGCUACUGCACGGCAAGCGGUACCGGAGCGCCAAGUCUAGGUCCAAGAGGCUUCUAAACAGCUUCUAUCCCCAAGCCAUAAGACUCCUGAACAUCUAAUCAAAUGGCUACCCAGACUAUUUGCAUUGCCCCCUCUGCUGCUACGCUCUGUUUAUUAUCUAUGUAUAGUCACUUUAAUAACUCUACCUACAUGUACAUAUUACCUAAAUUACCUCAACUAACCGGUGCCCCCGCACAUUGACUCGGUACCGGUACCCCCUGUAUAUAGCCUCGCUAUUGUUAUUGUUACUGUUGCUCUUUAAUUAUUUAUUACUUUUAUUUCGUAUUAUUUUAUAUUGUAUUUUUUUGUGUGAUUUUUGUUGUUGUUGUAUUCUUUCUUAAAACUGCAUUGUUGGUUAAGGGCUUGUAAGUAAGCAUUUCACUGUAAGGUCUACACCUGUUGUAUUCGGCGCAUGUGACAAAUAAAAAUGUAUUUGAUUUGAGUCAGGAGAGGAGAGGAGUCAGGAGAGAAGAGGAGAAGAGUGGAGUGGCAUAUCCAGAGAGACAGUGACCAGCUAGCUGCCUGUUACAGCAGAUAGAUAAGUGAAUGUCUGAGAGACAGAUAACAUGAACUCCCCAACCCCUUCGGCACAUUCCUCAUGAAAGCCUCUGCAUCCCCUUGAUGUUAUGAUGUCCAGCUCUCUGUUAUGGAAAUUGUCACAUUUCCCACGGAAAUGCCAGCAUGCUUAGAAACAUGAUGUUAUGUAAAUCCCAGUUGUUUCCAAAUGUCAACUCCUACUUGAGUUGAACUUGAGUUAGCUUGAAAAUAGAUAGAUAGGUAUAGAUCUCUGAGUGAUGGAGGGAGCGACUGAGCACCGACCGAACUGACCAACGCCACAAUACAGAACACACCUUCAUCUCAAACUCUCUUCUCAUCUGGUCGGAGUCUGGUCUAGCGGUAGUGCAACCAGUUCAAUACCCGGUUCCACCACUUGCCUCGUUUGUCACUCUACCCCACUCUCUGCCUCCUCUCUCAUUCAUACCUGGGUUAAUCCUAACGUAAAAACAAACUCUCUUCUCUCCAUCACAAACUCUCUUCUCUCCAUCACAAACUCUCUUCUCUCCAUCACAAACUCUCAUUCUCUCUUUCCACCAGGUAUUAGCUUCACCAUCUAUAUAGGAUUAUAGGACAUGAUAAAGGGGUUAUACAGGCUCAUGACAAGUCUGACAAUGCAUUAUAAUAACUGCAUUGUAAUGCAUUGUACCUAUAGAGUCUUUAAGUCAAGUGUUAUUAUUAUUUCUGCUAAAGGUAUCGGCUUCGCCAUCUGCAUCAUAGCGCUGUACAUAGCGUUCUACUACAACACCAUCAUGGCGUGGGCCCUGUAUUACCUCCUGGCGUCAUUCCGGCCCACCCUGCCCUGGACCACGUGCUCCAACCCCUGGAACACGGUCAACUGCCUCCACUACCUGUCCACCGACAGCAACGUCACCUGGACCAACACCUCCACCUCGCCCGCCGAGGAGUUCUAUACGUAAGUCAAGACAUGGAAGUGCAAGGUAGGAUGGAGGGAAGAGCAAAGGGAUACCAGGGACAGUAGAGGAGGGAGGGGUAGACGGCAUGAUAGGUUCCAUAGAGAAGAGACGGAGUAGAGACAGAGAGGACAGUGACUGGAUGGGUGGAUGAAAGGCAGAUAUGGAAGAUGGAUAGGUGGAGGGAGAUAGGGAGAAGACGUGGCAGAUAGAAUGGAGGUAAGAAAUAAGAGGGAUUGAUUGAGGAGGCAGUAGGUACUAAAUUGAGGAGAGAUGUUCCCUAUAGGGUAUACAGCCGGUUGAUGGCUACACUUGAAAACAAUUCUAGUUGUUUCAACUAAUUAGUAAUUAGUAACUGGUUCCACAGGCUUUUUUAGUUUAGUCAACUUUUUGGUUAAAGUGUUACCUGAACUUAAAAUGUUUAGUUGGCCCAAACCUAGCUCCAACUUGAGAACUUAGGCCAAAAUUCUGUCAACAUAAAAUGAUGUUUGCUCAAUUUGUUCAUUCAACUAUUAUUUGUGCAUCAACAGUAACUAAAAAGGCUGUGCAACUGGUUACACAUACACACACACAAACAGUGCUUUUAACAUGCAAUGUUUUCAACUUACAUAUUUGACACAGCUUGACAUACAUGUUUACAUUGUGCAUGUUCAUUUAUACAGUAAUUAUUAAUAAACAUGAACUCACAACCUUUUGGUUCACGGGAUUCCGAUCUUCCUGCUAGGGAGAGGGAGAGGGGGAGGGAGAGGAGGAUGGAGAGGGAGAGGUAGGGAAUUACUAGCAUUGAAAAAACUCCCUCAGACCACGGGAAGCUGACUGCUCUCAUCAUUGACUUCAAAUUACAUUUUAUUUGUCACGUGCCGAAUUCAACAGACGUAGACCUUACCGUGAAAUGCUUACUUACAAGCCCUUAACUAACAAUGCAAUUCAAGAAAUAGAGUUAAGAAAAUAUUUACUAAAUAAACUAAAGUAAAAAAAUAAAAUCAAAAAUGAACACAAGAAAAUUACAUAACAAUAACAAGGCUAUAUACAGGGGGUACCGGUACCGAGUCAAUGUGCGGGGGUACAGGUUAGUUGAGGUCAUUUGUAAAGUGACUAUGCAUAGAUAAUAAACAGCGAGUAGCAGCAGUGGGGGGGGGGGGGGGGUCUGUUAAGUAAUUGUAGUAAUUGUAUUUCUAUGGAAUUUCUGGUUCACCCCUAUCUAUCCCACUAAGAGAGAUGUGGUGCUCUGUCAAGGUUUACUCUAUUCUAAUGCAGGUAAAACUCCUCUGGCUUAUGUCUGGCACCAGAAUUCCCAUGUUUUUUUCAUCCGGUAUGUUUUCUUAACUGGUAAACUGGCAUCUAGCUAUAGAUCUCUGUCGCUCGAUCAUUUUUCACCGUGCCAAGUUACCUUAUAUCCUUAUUCAGUUGUGUCAGCAUCAUGUAUCUACAAUAUGUUUAUUCAAUUUUUUUGUAUCUAUCUCUUGCCUACUUUCUUCCUUUUAUGACCCUGGAAAUAAAAUAAAAAGUUGCACACUGCGUUAAUUGAGCGGCCUUCGCCGUGAGGCUGAUACCUAAGCUAAAUAAACACAAGCGAUACUGGCAAGAGCAACUGUUUCUUUUCUUUCAAAAUACCAUCAAAUUAUUCCCACAUAUCUGCUACAAGGAACCUGCCAACCUCAGAUGUACGAAUGCUUUUCCUAUUCUCUCUUGAUCAUAAAUGGCUCCUUUCUCUGUUAUUCUGUCUCAUCCCCCUCUUCUCAACCUUCUUUUCCCGCUCAUCUCUCUCUCUUCUCGCUGAUUCCUCUCUUCCCGAAAAUCCCUCUCCUCUCCCUGAUUGUUCCCCCAUCUCCUCAUCUCUCAUCCCCCUCUCUCCUCACUCCUCUGUCUUUGCCCUCCUCUCCUCAUCCAUUUCGGUCAUCCCUCUCUCCUCUGUUCCGUAUAGGCGUCAGGUACUGCAGGUGCACAUGUCUCCAGGUCUGCACCAGCUUGGCAGUGUGAGUUGGCAGCUGGCUCUCUGUCUCCUGUUCAUCUUCACCAUUGUCUACUUCAGCAUCUGGAAGGGAGUCAAGACCUCUGGCAAGGUGAGCACAGCUGGGGGACGGAGAGGGGGAAGAAGGGAUGGAGAAACAGUAGAUUAACAGUAGGUAACAGUAGGUAAAUACUGUGAACUCUAUUUCUCACUGAUGUCUUCUAUUCAUACUUGCCCUUCUCUCUCUCUGUCAAUCUCUCUUCCUUCCUCUCUCUCUCUCUCCUCCACCCCUCUAUCUCUCUCUCUCUCACACCCACCCACUCUCUCCCCCACCCCUCUCUCUCCCCUACUCCUCUAUCUCUCUCUCACACCCCUCUAUCUCUCUCUCUCUCUCCCCCACCCCUCUCUCUCAGGUGGUGUGGGUGACAGCCACCUUCCCCUACCUUGUCCUGCUGGUGCUGCUCGUUCGUGGGGCUACUCUGCCCGGGGCCUGGAGGGGCGUGGUCUUCUACCUCAAACCUGAUUGGGGGAAACUACUCAGCACCACAGUGAGUUGGCCCACUAUUGGUUUAGGUUUCCAGACAAUCUUGUGUCAUCAUACAACACACUGACACCGAAUCUUACUGCCUGAUGUCUUCCUUAUCUGUAGUUUGUCUCCUUCCCGCUUUCUCAUCCACCCCUCUCUCGCUCUCUCUCUCUCUCCCCCUCUCCCUCCAGGUAUGGAUUGAUGCAGCAGCUCAGAUCUUCUUCUCUCUGGGGCCAGGUUUCGGGGUGCUCCUGGCCUUUGCCAGCUACAACCCCUUUCACAACAACUGCUACAAGUGAGACUCCAUUUCUCUUCAUACAGUAGAAUCUGUUUAUGAAUCUGCCGUAUGGAAUGUAUUUCUCCACGUUGCCAUCUGGUUUAUUUAGCCUGUGACUUGUUGUUAAUCCACUAUUUUUUCUCCCAUCACCCUCUUCACCCCCCCCCCCCCCCCCCCCCCCCCCCUCUCUUUCUCUACCUCUCCCUCUCCCUCUCUCUCAGGGAUGCGUUGGUGACCAGCUCGGUGAAUUGCCUGACCAGUUUCCUCUCUGGGUUUGUCAUCUUUACCGUGCUCGGCUACAUGGCUGAGAUGCGCAAAAUAGGCGUGGAGUCCGUAGCCAAGGAUGCUGGUAAAUCAAUCAAUCAAAUCCCAAAUUGAAAAUCUACUUUUCAUAUGCAGUAGUUGUUGUAUGAUUCUUUUUUUAACAUCAGGGCCUGUAUUCAUAAAGAGUCUCAGAGUUGGAGUGCUGAUCUAGGAUCAGGUGUCCUCCCUCUUCCCUUAUAAUCUUAUUCAAUAUGAUCUUAAAGGCCCAGUGCAAUCAAAAACAUGAUUUUCCUGUGUUUUAUAUAUAUUUUCACGCUAUGAGGUUGGAAUAAUUCUGUGAAAAUGAUGAUAAUGCCAUUUUAGUGUAAGAACUGUUUGAAAAGACCACCUGAAAUUUCAGCCUGUUUUGGUGGGAUGGAGUUUUGGCCUGCCUGGUGACAUCACCAGGCGGUACAUUUGUGUUGACCAAUAAGAAAGAGUUCCAAACCUCUCUGCCAAUAACAGCUAGUCUUUUUUGACCAUUUAACUGAAAACAAUCACAGUAAGGUACUUAAUUGUUACCCAGAAAUGAUUUGAUAUUGAGAUAAAAACGGCUGCAUUGGACCUUUAACGGAAAACUGAUCCUAGAUCAGCACUCCUACUCUGAUACGCUUUAGGAAUACAGGCCCAGAUAGUUCAGAGGUUAUCUGAGUUCAGACAGUAAUUGAAAUCUGGCAAGUGAGUACAGACCAGACCGUGGAUAAUCCUAACAUAAGAAAGAGAGUUCCAAGAGAGCGCAUAACAAAUUCUCUGCUACGGUUCUAGUUACGCUCGCAUACAUCAAGACAGGACUAAGUGCUCACUAUUCCUUUUUGAUAAAGACCCAAUACCACAUAUAAAAGCCUCAGGGACCCGUAUGAAAAUAAUUACAAUGCCUUAAGUGGUUUCAAACAUAAAAGAGGACAGGUAGGAUGCCACAUUUCGACCAUGCGUAUGUGUACCCUUUCCUAACGUGUUGAUUGUCUGUCUCUUCUGCCAGGUCCCAGUCUGCUGUUCAUCAUCUAUGCUGAAGCCAUCGCCAACAUGCCCGCUGCCACCUUCUUUGCCAUCAUCUUCUUCCUCAUGAUCAUCAUGCUGGGGUUGGACAGCACGGUCAGUGGCACAUAUAAACACACACGUGCACACACAGAUGAAUACAAAUAUACAUCCGCGUGCACAAACACACACACACACACACACACACACACACACACACACAAACACAAACAAGCACACACAGUAUUCACACAGAAUUAUUAGACUGGUUUUCAAAUCGAUUGUCUGUUUUUUUAUCAGUUCUCUGUUCUUACAUAAUUGUACUUCUAUUAUGUGUACUAAUUUAUUUAACCCAGGCUCAGGUUGUGUUGAGUGUGUAUUCAGCCAAUCAGGCUCAUAGCGUGGGGGGUGGGGGGUACUGUCAACAGAAUUGAUUAUUAUGCUGAAGAAACAGUUUGUGUCUGUUGGUCUUUCUGUCUGGGUUUGCUGUUUAUUGCCAUUUUCUAUAGCUGCGCUGUGAUUUUUCUUCUCUCUCUCACUCAUCACUCUCCAUCUGUCUCUCCUUUUCUCUCUCUCCCUCUCUCUCCCUCUCUCUCUCUCUCUCUCUCUCUCUCUCUCUCUCUCUCUCUCUCUCUCUCUCUCUCUCUCUCUCUCUCUCUCUCUCUCUCUCUCUCUCUCUCUCCUCUGAGCUUCUCCUCUCAAUUCAAUUUCAGUUUAAUGUUUCUUCCUUCUUGUCUCCCUGUAUAGUUUGCCGGUCUGGAGGGGGUGAUCACAGCCAUGCUGGAUGAGUUCCCCCAGUUGUUGUCUAGGAGGAGGGAGUGGUUUGUCCUGGGCCUGGUGUGUGUCUGCUACCUGGGAGCCCUCUCCACCCUCACCUACGUGAGUCUCCUCUCCACCCAGCCUCAGUCCCACUCCCACCCAGCCUCAGUCCCACUCCCACCCAGCCUCAGUCCCACUCCCACCCAGCCUCAGUCCCACUCCCACCCAGCCUCAGUCCCACUCCCACCCAGCCUCAGUCCCACUCCCACCCAGCCUCAGUCCCACUCCUACCCAGCCUCAGUCCCACUCCCACCCAGCCUCAGUCCCACUACCACCCAGCCUAAGUCCCACUCUACCCAGCCUCAGUCCCACUCUACCCAGCCUCAGUCCCACUCCCACCCAGCCUCAGUCCCACUACUACCCAGCCUCAGUCCCACUCUACCCAGCCUCAGUCCCACUCUACCCAGCCUCAGUCCCACUCCCACCCAGCCUCAGUCCCACUCCCACCCAGCCUCAGUCCCACUCCCACACAGCCUCAGUCCCACUACCACCCAGCCUCAGUCCCACUCCCACCCAGCCUCAGUCCCACUCUACCCAGCCUCAGUCCCACUCCCACUCAGCAUCAGUCCCACUCCCACCCAGCCUCAGUCCCACUCCCACCCAGCCUCAGUCCCACUCUACCCAGCCUCAGUCCCACUCUACCCAGCCUCAGUCCCACUCCCACCCAGCCUCAGUCCCACUCCCACCCAGCCUCAGUCCCACUACCACCCAGCCUCAGUCCCACUCUACCCAGCCUCAGUCCCACUCCCACCCAGCCUCGGUCCCACUCCCACCCAGCCUCGGUCCCACUCCCACCCAGCCUCAGUCCCACUCCCACCCAGCCUCGGUCCCACUCCCACCCAGCCUCGGUCCCACUCCCACCCAGCCUCGGUCCCACUCCCACCCAGCCUCAGUCCCACUCCCACCCAGCCUCGGUCCCACUCCCACCCAGCCUCGGUCCCACUCCCACCCAGCCUCAGUCCCACUCUACCCAGCCUCAGUCCCACUCUACCCAGCCUCAGUCCCACUCCCACCCAGCCUCAGUCCCACUCUACCCAGCCUCAGUCCCACUCCCACCCAGCCUCAGUCCCACUACCACCCAGCCUCAGUCCCACUCUACCCAGCCUCAGUCCCACUCCCACCCAGCCUCGGUCCCACUCCCACCCAGCCUCAGUCCCACUCUACCCAGCCUCAGUCCCACUCCCACCCAGCCUCAGUCCCACUCCCACCCAGCCUCAGUCCCACUACCACCCAGCCUCAGUCCCACUCUACCCAGCCUCAGUCCCACUCUACCAAGCCUCAGUCCCACUCCCACCCAGCCUCAGUCCCACUCCCACCCAGCCUCAGUCCCACUACCACCCAGCCUCAGUCCCACUCUACCCAGCCUCAGUCCCACUCCCACCCAGCCUCGGUCCCACUCCCACCCAGCCUCGGUCCCCCUCCCACCCAGCCUCGGUCCCACUCCCACCCAGCCUCGGUCCCACUCCCACCCAGCCUCAGUCCCACUCCCACCCAGCCUCAGUCCCACUACCACCCAGCCUCAGUCCCACUCUACCCAGCCUCAGUCCCACUCCCACCCAGCCUCGGUCCCACUCCCACCCAGCCUCGGUCCCACUCCCACCCAGCCUCAGUCCCACUCCCACCCAGCCUCGGUCCCACUCCCACCCAGCCUCGGUCCCACUCCCACCCAGCCUCGGUCCCACUCCCACCCAGCCUCGGUCCCACUCCCACCCAGCCUCGGUCCCACUCCCACCCAGCCUCGGUCCCACUCCCACCCAGCCUCAGUCCCACUCCCACCCAGCCUCGGUCCCACUCCCACCCAGCCUCGGUCCCACUCCCACCCAGCCUCGGUCCCACUCCCACCCAGCCUCGGUCCCACUCCCACCCAGCCUCAGUCCCACUCCACCCAGCCUCCGUCCACUUGGCUCAUUACCCAGGGUGUUGUCCUUUCAUCCAAUCCGUUUUUUUGCUGGUUAUUUAGCAAUGUCCAUAAUCUCCUAAAUGUCAUGAAGCGAUGCUGGUGGGAAAUAAGUGGAAAAUAAGCUAAAGUGGAACAUCAGCAGUAUUUACUGUAUAAAUGUCUCUAUAGCUAUAGUCUCUAUAGGCUCUAUAGCUUGUUUCCCAACACCCAUGCGUUUCUCUGGAACUGUGUUUUAGGGAGGUGCGUUUGUGGUGAAACUGUUUGAGGAGUACGCCACGGGACCUGCUGUCAUCACUGUGGUCUUCCUAGAAGUCAUCGCCGUUUCCUGGUUCUAUGGUAAACAGCUGACAAUUAUAUUGGCCCACAUAGUCACAUAGUCUGAUAUUUUUGGAGUCAUCUUUUUUUGUUGUUGAUUUAAUGGAUGUGUGUAUAUGAUUGGUUUGUAACCUGACUGCACUAGAAAUGUCUCAUUUGGGACAAUAAAGACAAUGGAUUGAUAAGUCGAUUGAUUGAUUUCUAUUCCAUAUUGAGACACUAAAGUGUGUGUGCAUGUGUUUAAUUGUGUGUCUUUGUGUCCAUUUUCAGGCACGAGUCGUUUCUGCGCUGAUGUCCAUAUGAUGCUGGGCUUCUCCCCUGGACUGUUCUGGAGGGUGUGCUGGGUAGCCAUCUGCCCCAUCUUCCUACUGGUGAGCCCCCCCGCGCACACACACACACACACACCAGCUGUAUAUACCUGUUCGAAACACCACCUCCUCUAUGUCUCAUCUCUCCUCAGUUCAUCAUUAUCAGUUUCCUAGCGUUCCCCCCGGAGGUGAAGUUGUUUGACUACAUCUACCCACCCUGGACCACUGUUCUGGGCUACUGCAUCGGAGUGUCCUCCUUCAUCUGUGUACCAGCCUAUAUGGUGUACCACCUGCUCACCACCAAAGGGACCUUUAAACAGGUAAGAGCCACCAGAGGGCUUGGGGUGGGCCUCUCCCCCUCCAGUCCCCCUUCCGUCCCCCUGCCAUCACCAGGCUAAUAACAGAGGGCACAAUCAAAGGGAGAGAUGCAGAGAGUAGGAAUACAAGCCACGACGGCUUCCAGACCUUACGGUUUAGACACACACACACACACACACACACACACACACACACAAACAUAGACAAGCGACAGACACCGCGGCACCUGCACACUGUCACGUUGCCAAGCCAGAAAACAGCUCCUUGUUUGAGAAGACAGACAUACAGACAUGGUACACACAGCACCUUCCUCCCUCCUCUCCCUGCCUUUGAUAAACCUGUCAUCCAGUAAGCCCAGUGUUUGACCUAGUGCCACACCACACAAUGGGACUGAAAGACAGUGUCAGCAGAGGGGUGUGUGUGUGUUACGUGUGUGUUCUGGUCAUACAUCUGUGUUAGUGUGUGUUACGUGUGUGCGGGUUGUAUGCCUAACCUACUGCUGCGGCCAGUGAGCGUAGACAGAUGUAACAGAGCGAGGUCAGAAGGACAUCAAGUCUGUGUGACAGCACUCAAUAAGAACGAUCUGUUGGGUUACGCCACAGUUAUACCAGGCACUACUUCUUGCGCUCAAACUACCCCUCUCUUUUCUGUCCCUCCCUUCCUUAUCCCUUAGCGUCUCCUGAAGGGCAUCACCCCUGUACCCAGUGGGCCUCACAGUGACAUUAUCAUCACCCACACCGUCUGAUCAAGUGGUCUGACCAGGCCAGGUGGACUACACCACCCUCUGCUGGAUAUAGAGCACAACUGCAGGACCAGGGAGGGUUCGUCCCCUCCCCCACUUCUCCUCCAGAACUCCCACAGCAGACUUCAGCACAAAGGCACCCCAUCCAUCCUACUGACCCCAGGGCUGAGGUGGGGCGCUGGGCCACACUGUCUGCAGCAUCCCACCUCCUCCGUCAUCUCCCUCCUGGCUCAUUCU